AUGAAGAUGUUGAUCAUGGCUUUGCCAACACUCCUCUUCCUGCAUAUGUUCAUGGGCCCUGUGCUUUGGUCUGCUGCUCUAUGCAGUGGUGGUGUGAGCUUGGCUCAUGCAGCCUUGCGUGACCGUGAAGAUGUUGAGAAGAUGGAUGAUGGCGAUGACAGAGACGGGGACUCGACCUGGCAGAAAGGACGUGUCAGAGAACUCCCAUAA